GGCGUCUGUCGGUCUGUAAAAACUUGACGCAGCGGCUAAACCGGUCCCGCAGAGCCCGUUUCUGGAAGCUGCAUCCGCUAAUUUAGUAAGAAAAGGCUUAGUCCAGUCCAGCGCACAUUACACUUGAAUAUUUUGGUUUCUUUGCAAAAUGUGUACGUCUCCUUUAGCCCUUAGUUAGCUAAAUCCCUCCGAUCUCCGAGCGCCCUCACCCACCAUCAGCGUCGGUUUUAAGGGGCAGAUUUGUGCCUCCUCUGCCCUUCGCGUGCGACCCCUCCCCUCUCUACUACUCUCCGGUCGGGUUGGGCUAAUGGUGCAUUUGAGUACUCUUCGUAAAUUUGCUAAUAUAUCACGAGUUUCGAAUAACUGUGCUAAAAACCACGUACAUUAAAACAAAUAUAGCACCACCACAAUGUAGACAUUAGCUAUUAUCUCUAGUGAUUUUAUGAAACCGAACAGAAGCUCUGUUCUGCAGAAUACAGAAAAAAUUCCUAUAGACACGUAACUUUUCAUGCUCCUUUCAAGUCUUGAAAGUAGCCCGCAUGUAUAACUAAAAAAUGAAUAAUAAUCAGCUAUUAUUCAUCCAUAAUUAAUUACUCAAUUACGAAAAAACCGCCAUGUUAAAAUACAUAAACAAAACAAGUUGUUUGCCAAAUUCAGACAGGGCCUGAAUGCAACAUAAGCCUAGUGUGUGUGCGCUCGCGCCGUGUUUGUGAGGCAGAGAGUUGCGUGCGAAGAGCUCGACAUGUCAUUCAGAGGAAUCCGCCACCUGAAACGCGAGGAAGUGAAGGCGACUCAAUUGGGUAUAAAGCAUCAGCCAACAUCUGCCCCGAGCAGUGCAAAGCUGAUGAAAACAUCAGCUCGGAGCUCAUACAGGACCACUCAGAUUUAUUUGAUUUCCCCUGGAUUUAUCGCUGGGAGUCGGUGCACCCUGGGAGACGCAUCUCUUUUCAGCACUUAAAGUGAAUGUGACUCCACAGCCAACACUAUACUGGAAUUAACAGAAAGCCGCAGAUAUCUCAGCGCACCUGUUACCUCCACGGAGCGCGAGAUCAUGAUCCCUCCUGGAGACUGCAUGUAUGCGGGCAGAAAGAGGAGGAAGCCCAUCCAGAAACAGAAGCCAUCCUCUGCCAAUGAGAAAACCAACCCAUCCAAGCGGCACCGGGACAGGCUGAAUGCUGAACUGGACCGCCUGGCCAGCCUGCUGCCAUUCCCCCCAGAUGUCAUCUCCAAGCUGGACAAGCUGUCAGUGCUCCGUCUUGCUGUUUCCUACCUCCGCGUCAAGAGUUUCUUCCAAGCGAGCCAAGACAAGACCAGCAGGAAGCACAUCAUGAGCACAGCAUCCUCUAACCCUGAACCCAGGAAAGAGAGCCUUCCACUGGGCACAGGCGUGAAUGAAAGCAGCCUCCUCCUGGAAUCUCUGACAGGCUUUGCCUUGGUGGUGAGCAGUGACGGGAUGGUUUUUUACGCUUCCUCGACCAUUGUGGACUAUCUGGGAUUUCAUCAGACUGACGUGAUGCACCAGAAUGUGUUUGACUACAUCCACAUAGACGACCGUCAGGAAUUCAGACGCCAGCUGCACUGGGCCAUGUGUCCUCCACAGCACCAAGGGACGGUGGCACACCAGGAUAACCAGCUAGCUGCAGGAACUGGCCUUUGGAUGGGUCCUUUCUUUCUUCUGUUCCAGACGAUGCAGUUCCAAGGUCGGUUGAAGUUCCUCCACGGGCAGAAAAAGAAAUCAGCCUCUGGUGCUCCAGUGGCCCCACAGCUGGCUUUGUUCUGCAUAGCUGUUCCCCUCCUGCUCCCCUCCAUCACGGAGAUGAAAAUGAAGAACAUGUUAAUGCGGGGAAAGAAUAAAGGAGCAGUAGGAGGAAUCAUCUCCGGACUGGAGCAAGGCGAGCGUGGAGAACACCUCCGGAGACACUCCUUCAAUGGAGGAAUGGGUGAUGCUGCAGAUUCUCUCCGGCUCUCCUGUCCCACUCCUGGUGCAACCCAGCGAGGUCACCACACUCCGUGGACCCCACUCUCCAAAGACAACCUCAAGUUCCGCCCGGACGGUUACUAUAACCAGGAGGAGCCCCUAAACUACUGCAAGUCCUCCGUGGGUCCCCAUAAAGGUCUGAGCCCAGGCGUGGGUGGCGGCUGGCCUCCGCGACAGAACUCAGGACCCGUCAGGGCAGGCCAGGGCGUCGGCUACAUCCCCUCUAACCGCAUGAACAAGACCGGCCAGUACGGGAAGCCGUACCGUCUCUCGCCCAGCUGUCACAGCGGCAGAGGUGGUGAGGUGUUUGUCUCCAAACUGUACGGCAACGUCCAGCUUCCCACAGACCCAGACGCCUACUGCGUGGACCUGGUGAAGAGCGAGAAUGGCUACGGAGAAUGCUUCGACGGUCACCUGAUGCCCGAGAUGCCCCCCAUAAAGGUCGAGCACGACUCUGAUUCGGAGAACGGCUGCGACGCGUACGGCCGACCCUGGACGUGCCGCGACCAAGUGCCCGUUGACCGUCGCUAUGGUAACGGCCUAUACGACCACACCGUUGGCCUGCAGCUGAAAUCUGAAGCUGAUUAUUACGAUCCACAGUAUUCGCCCUGUCAGCGGGGGAAGGCUGGGAUCAGCCCGCCGUACAACAACGGUAACUAUCAGAACUAUGCAGUGAACAACGGGAACGCCAACGCACGCCUGUUAAAGUGCGACAAAGACCUGGGCAGUAACAAUGACUCCAGUCAGUUUAGUCCUCAGAGAUUCCCACACUCAGACUCUCUAUGCAGCAGCCAAUCCGUCAACCUCAUGGACUCGCACGUCUACUCACAGGAUCCACACAAGGCCUACAUGCAGUCUGACUACAACAAGCAUGGCACCUACGAGUUCAAAGGUCACAGCCUGAUCCAUUCGAUCAAGCGGGAGCCCAUGGACUCGCCGCCGUGGCCUGAGAGCGGCCAUGACAUGAACCAGUCCGUAAUGGUCGGCUCCAGGAACGUUAUGCCAUGUGUGAUGAGCACAGGACACCACAAGUCCAGUCCAUAUAUUUACAUGCCGUGAAAGUGAGACGUCAACACAUCUGCAGAUACUUACCCUCUCCACAAACACACACACACACAAAGAACACGCAAAGAAAUCAGUGCGCAUUAAAGUACUUUGUCUUAUGGUUUUCAUACACCAGCAUUAUAAGAGAAGAGUUAUUUUUUAAGGGAUUUCCAGGAUGUCACAUACUUCUUCUGUUUGACGAAGAAGCUCAGGUUCUAGUGUUGUGACAAUCAAAAUUAAUACGAAUCCAGUUUAUGCAUAGAUUCGUUUGUUUGUAAGGAUUAAACUUUGUAGCUGGUUCCAAGCACUUUUAGAUUUAGCGACGACAAGACUUUUGAAACACAGUUUUAUUUUAUUUUUUUUAAUAUGUUGUGGACACCUGACUUUUGUGGAAGAAACAAAGAUUUAGCUGUCGAGAAAUGUUUUGGUUUUCUUAACGUUGCACACAGGGGACGACUUAUGCUUACGCUGGUCUCAAGAUGACGAGUGAGUAUGAGAAAAACAGGUGAUUUUUGCAUGUUUUCAUGCUUUUAAAUUACUGCCAGGGCAGUUUAAAAAAAACAAACAGGGUGAGCAAAGUUAAAUUGGUGCCACAAGAUAAUACGUAAAGCACCGUAAAACACUUGUUCAUUCAUUCGAGGAUAUUUUAAUGCAUGACAAAAUCCUUUUUGAUCCUUCACGGGAUGCCCGUUUGUUUUGUGUUCUGAAUCGUCUAAAAGCGUAGCUUUCGAUGCAGCAUUGGAAAGUUUUAAAAAGUCAUCCUUGCUGCAGAACUGCUCAGAAAACUGGAGACCAAUUAAUACUGUAUAGUGUAAAACAUGUCAAACUAUCAGUAGAGCCAAAGCUUUAAACUUUAAGCAUAUUUUUUUUGUAUGUUACAAUCAGUCAGAUUACAUAGAAGCAAGCAGGGAAACAAACCUCCAACACAAGCCCUGUGGCGCUGUGCUGAAGUCUCCAUGAGCAACGCAUUGAUUGGUACCUUGUUAGUGUGCUGCUUUGCAUUGGCUGCUGGGCUUCUUUGUGAAAAAGGAUAAUGGGAAGAUGAAAUCCAGAGUGCACAAGAUCAAAGUUUAAGAAGGCUGGUAAUUCAAAAGUGAUACUAACUGAAAUCAUGAUGUAACUGCUGGUUUUUUAAAUCGUCAAACAGUAAAAUAUUUUAAUUAAAAUCUUUCAAACGUCAUCAUUUUAGAUCAUAAAACUCCUGUCGCACCUUCUCUUGGAGGUAAUAUUGUACAGCAUAGGUGAGUGUUCAUGACAAGUUCUGCAUUUCAGCUCAUAUACCCCCCCCCCCCUUUCAUUGCCUUUUCAUUAUGACGCCUUUCAUGUCGUCCAUUCAGCCCCGAAACAUUGGACCUUGUGUUCACAUCAGUAUUUUUGCACUAGUGAAUUUUUUAAAAAGCACCAAAUUAAAUCAAUGUCAGUCUCAGUUUUGUGAAGCUAAGUUGCACUACUGGGAAUAGUUCAGUUGAAGUUCAGCCUAUCCAGAAAGGUUUUGGAGUCGACACGCACAACUGUACAUGGUGUCACUGUUUUGGAUUUGUCUUUUUCUCUCUCUCUCUCUUUGUGUGUGUUCAUUUCAAUAAAUGUUUGAGGAUUUGUAUUUAUUGUAAGACGCAAAUAAUUUAAAAACUACAGUUUUGAAGGCUUUUUUGUUUCUGUUUUACUAACGUAAAUAAAUAUGGCUUUCCCCCCUC